UUAACCCCCAUCAGAGCCUAUGAACGGCUUCUUAGCCGCUCAUGGCGGUAGGAAAACCAGAAGGAGAAGUUGAAGAAAGAAGGCUAUGGUUCCCAAACUAGCCUAUGGGGAUAAGGAUGGAGCUUUUGAAAUUACAGAACCUUUUUACUGUGUUGGGUCUGGGAAAGAAGCUGCUGACAAAGAUCUGAAGAGAGAACCAUGUCCAAGCUUAGUGGACUAUCAAAAUGCUGUGAUUCGCAUCGAAGAAGCAAUGCUCGAAGCUUCUAUUGAUGAUCCUGAAAAUACAGGUGGACUGGUUCGAAUCAAGCACAUAGAUCUUGCCAACAAAAUCACUUAUGCAUCAAAUAAGAUGGUCGGACAACUCAAGGCAGAGAGAGAGCGCGCAGAAGCGGAAGGAAAGACCCCAAGAAGAGGAAAUCCCCAGAAGCACGCGAUCCAUAUGCAGGUUAUUAAAUAUGUGGUGCUACUCGUUAUCCUUUGAACCGGAGAAUAUGUUUGUUAAGCUUAGACUUCUAAUAUUAUAUAAUGAAGAUUUGUAGCUUUGAAACUAUGCUAGAAACACGGUGGUGUAUGCAAUACUUCUAGUUCAAAGCUAUAUCUUGCUGCUAUUAUUCAGAUUUAAACCUUAUAGCUUGUCAUUUGAAUGUUGCUUAGAGAUUUGUAGCCUUAAACCAUGAUAGAAAUACUGUGUGCGUCUGUAUUUUUAGUUCAAAACUAUAUCUUGCUACUAUUAUUAGUUUGA